GGAAUCCAGGCCCCCCUCGCGCACACCACACCACCAUCCUCCCCAUUGUCGCGUCAUCGUUUCGUCUAGUUUGCGUUCCAUCCCCCCCCCCCCCACCCCCUUACCGUGGGUGUGUGCGCGCGUGUGUUCGUGUGUGUGUUUGUGUUUGUGCGCUGGUGUGCACGCGCGCGUGUGUGUGAUUAGUGCUGUGAGAGAUCCGCGCAACGUCCUGCUGUGGCGCCUCCAUCCGUGCGCCUCCAUCGGUUUUUUGGGAGGGCGGUUUUUUUUUAAUUACGUUCUGCCCAGAGAUCAUCCUCGACAAGCGCGUGCGAGCGUAAAAUAAGUGCCUUCUUCGUACGUCAGCAUCGCUCAGCAGCACACCCCGACGGACGAAGCAUAAACACAGGAGAAAGGAAAGAGAACCACCCCUUCGAGAGCACCGCACAGCAAAAGGUGAAGGACAAUCGCGUUGUACUCGCCGUGUACUGUGGGUGGGCAAUUCCUGUUUCCCGUUUCGUAUGUUGUAUUUGUGGAGUACGGUUUAAUCAGUAAGUCGUAGCCGUAGUUAACGUAACGUUAGCAACUCUAGCAGCAGUACCUCUAGCCUUCUAAGCAUACACUAUCCCAACGCCAUAGCAACAAGCUCUCCCGGUCCCGAUCCGGACCUAAACAUAACGCAAAUCCACAAAUAACCCACUCACAGACAAUCCACCUGCAAAGGUGCACUCGGUGUCGACAACAACGACAACUCGCGAUUGUUCUUUUAUGCGACCCAUUUGGCCGGUUUAAAGGAGGUAGACGGUGCAGACACCAGCUGACAAUCAAGCUGUGCCCAGAAGACAAUCCAACGCGUACUUAGUCGUAAAAGCGUGUAGAGCUUCCAGCACGUUGAACGGCGGGGGGUUUCGAUCUUGCUACCGCCAACGGUCGGUAACGUACAGAAUGUAGAAAGGAUAUCUUGUGGCCCAGCUGAAACCUAUCCUUCUAUCGGUCUUCCUUGUAUUCUGUUGCGGCCCAUUGCGCCGCCAAUCUCAUUGAGCCGCGGUACUUAAAGCGAAGCCGCUUGCGACUCAUCGACUUUUGGGGGCGCAAAGGGGAGAGUAGUUCGUUCACGCGAAUGGCGACGGUCGUAUCACUGCUGGCCAACCUACACAACAGUGCCUUUGACCAGCAGCAGCAUCCGUCGCAGCAUCAGCAGCACCACCAAAAGCAUUGCUUUCCACCGUACGGUGAAUCGAAACCGGAAGCACUCCUUCACCGCACGGUUCUCGGUGGCAGGCGCCCCGAACCGGCGGUCUACUAUUCGCAGCAACAGCCCACUGCGCUCGAAGCGAUCGAUUUCCAGCUGCUCUGUCGUUCGCUGGAAGAAGAGUUCGAACAAAUGGAAUUCACCGGCGGAUCUAGUACGUACCAGUACCAACAGCACGGACAGCAACCGACGCCACAGCAGCAGCAACAACAGCAAUCGUCACAGCAGCAACCCAUGAGCCUGCCCAACCGUCGACAGCAGCAGCAGCAGCAGCCGGGUCAGCAAGAUUACGAACAGAUCAAUACCAGUUACAACCUGGACAACGAGGACUCGUACAGUGGUUCUCCGAACAACUUCCAGGACUAUCAGAACAACUUUGUUGAUUCGCCCCCGGACUCGAAGGAAUCGUGGCCGGUGGACUACAACAAAAUGCACAACACCGCGGUCGCUUCGACCAGCGGCGGUAAUGAGACAACCAGUUCGCCAACGACGAACGCUGCCGUAGCAGUAGCGGCUGCUGCGGCGGCGGCCGUCGUAGCCGUCGCCUCUUCCCAGCAGGACGGUGGUGGUCCGGGUUCUUACAUCAACAACAAUGCCAUCCUACCGAGCCGAAAGCGCCGCAUGGAGUGGAUGUCUCCGCAAGAGGAAGACACCGAUGGUUCCGAUAUCAAGAUCGCCAACAUCGAUAAGGAACGUGACGCGCGUCGUAAGGGAAGCAUGCGAUGGGACGACGAACUCGAUCUCGAUCUUAGCAACGAGCUAUCCAGCAACGGAUACAUCAGUGAUUCGUUGUUAAACUUUCCCGUGUUUAAACAAGAGCUACCGUCGCCACCACAAAAGCCGCAACAACAACAGCAGCAGCAGCAUCCACAAGGACAACAUCAGCUGCAUCAGCAUCAUCAGCAAGCACUGUUGCAGCAACAGGGAAAUGCGGCAGAGCUUUCACAGCAUACCGGCCAGUCAGGUCUGCAGCAAUCACUGCCCACUAGCGGAAGCGGAAAUGGCACUGGAGUAAGUGUUGGAAAUGGAGGAAACGCUCACCAGCAACAGCAGGUAGCUCAAUACCAGCAGCAACAGGGAGGUGGUCAAGCUUCCAUGAAUGGUGGACAGGCAUUGACUAACAAUGCAGCGAUCGGCACAGGGUUGAGCACUUUGCAGACGUUCCUGCAGAGUAACCGUCUGGAUACAGACAACAAUGGAGGUGUGCUGCAGAUGCACCAAGAUGGUAACGUAGCCUCUACGGCAAUACGUGCGGACCGAGCUCAUGACGAUCACAACAGAUUUCAGUACGUGCUAGCGGCGGCUACAUCAAUAGCGACGAAGAACAAUGAAGAAUCUCUCACGUACCUCAACCAGGGGCAAAGCUACGAAAUCAAGCUAAAAAAGCUCGGUGAUCUAUCUCCUUUUCGGGGCAAGAUUUUGAAAAGUAUUAUCAAAAUAUGCUUCCACGAGCGCCGGUUGCAGUACAUGGAGCGGGAGCAGAUGCAGUUGUGGCAGGUUUCCCGGCCCGGUGAACGCAUUCUGGAUGUCGACAUUCCACUGUCGUACGGUUUGCUGCAGGUACAGCCGACCAGCAAUAACCUGCUGAACACGAUCGAAGUGUUCUGGGAUCCAAUGAAGGAGGUCGGUGUGUACGUGAAGGUGAACUGCAUUUCGACCGAAUUCACGCCCAAAAAGCACGGCGGUGAGAAGGGUGUCCCAUUCCGGAUUCAGGUCGAAACCUUUAUCGAUAGUAGCAACGGUGCCAGCGCAGGGCUAACAAACACCACGAAUAACCCUGCAAGCCCCAAUGGCGACACGGAUGAUAAAAACAUGAUCCGUCCUCUCCAUGCGGCUGCUUGUCAAAUAAAGGUGUUUAAACUGAAAGGUGCGGAUCGCAAGCACAAACAGGAUCGCGAGAAAAUACUCAAACGGCCGGUGACAGAGCAGGAAAAGUACCAACGGAGCUGCGACUGUACGAUUCUGACCGAUAUCACGAGUGAUGUCGCCCUAGCUCCUCUCGGAGGAGGUUUCAGUCCCGAUCACAUCAAACGGAACGUUUCGCCCCUGUUGGCCGGACCAACGUCUCCGACGCAGCUCAAUAAGCUGGAGAAUAUUAUGACGAGCGUUUUGCAAUGCAACAGUGGAACCGUAGGUUCACCGGCUGUCAAGCCACUGGCUGGUACUAUGCCUGUUGUAACGCCACCAGUGCCGACCAGCAAUCCGGUUGGUAUCAGUAACGUGAGCUCUACAAACGGUCUCUGCAAAUCGUUGCCAGAGCAGUCACAGACUGUCGUCAGCGGUGUACUUUCACCACAGCAAGCAACGGAAAUGGAGGAUUAUGUGGCGUGUAUCACACGCGAAACCAGCCCGGCUGGUGUGGCACAGUGGUUGAUUGUACAUCGACUGUCGGCUUACGCCAAAACGUUUGCCCAAUUUUCCGGUUCCGACAUUUUGAGAAUGUCAAAGGAUGAUUUAUGCAAAAUCUGUGGUCUGGCAGAUGGUAUUCGAAUGUUCAACAUUCUUCACUCAAAAGCCAUCACACCUCGGCUUACCAUUUACGUGAGCUUUGAGGCUAACAUCUAUCACGCGAUGUAUCUUCAUCUAAACACCGUAGCCGAGUUGGUGCAAAGUCUAUCGAAAAUUCCGGGCCUUCUCGAGGCACUGAAUGCGCUCAAUACGCCAAAUUCGACCACGUCGGAUGGGGCGAGUGGUGGCUGGACUGGUAAUGGGUCUUUCGUUGCGGUGCGAGCGUUCGGAACCAGCCCCAGCAGUGGCGGUUCCGGUGUGCUAAAGCUAGCUCAAAACAGUAACAGCCACCUUCAGCGAUCAUCGGUCCCAUCGCCCUCGUCGCCGAUCUCAUCGUCAUCGAGCGGGCUCAGGCCGCAGCUUUUGAUCAACGGACCUGCCGGCAUACAGGUGCUGCUGACCGACGACGUGCUGGAGAACGUUCGGGAUGAAACAUUGUUUCAGCUGGAGCUGAAACCGAACGGAAACAUUCUAAUGAAAGCCGUCCAUAAUGUCACGGCGCCACCCACCGUCACUGACGGAUCGAUCGAUGACGCCAUCGAUGGCAAUUAAAGGGGGAUCGAGUGCAACUCUUCCGUUGGCGACAUUGUUUAAAUAUUUCAAUUUGUUGGCUUUUUUUAAAAUUAUCAUAUAAUGAUCGCUCACUUGCGGUGUUCUGACGGGAUAGAAGAAUGAUUUUAAAUGAAUCGGCACGAUGGUUGCAUCGGUACGGAUGAAAGCAUGCGCAUGUAAUGUGAUGGAAAGCUACCCCGCUCAGGAAUUUUCCCUUUUUUUAAUCUAUUGUCUAUAAUGUUAUCAAACUAUAACAAAUCUUUAGUCUUACCUGCGUUAUCAGCUAAAUGUUUUUGGGCUGCCCUCUGUUUCUAUUUUCUUUACCUCAUCAUCCCACAAUGUGCCAUGUAAAAACGUGUUGCAAACGGAGCGAGCACAAGCGAGCAAAUACCAUCCAGCGGAGGCAUUUAAUGCGAAAGCACAAGCAAACGAUUCGGAAGGUUCGGCCGGUGGUAAACUUUAGAAUUUCUUCAAAUAAGUACAAAGUGAAAGUUUAAUAGGCUGGCCGCGGCCAGCGUGGCGCAUGAAGGGGUAAAGCUUAAAAUUGUUUUAUGUUUUUUUUUAUACGUAGAGUGUGCACUUAUUGACUGUCUUUUCUAUUUACUUAUACAAACGAACGUUUCGGCAACUACCGCGAGCCACCCAAAAGGCAAUAUCGUGGGUGAAAAUUGGCAAUAUUCUGUCACCUCACAGUGAACGGUAAGACAUUAAGUGAAACUGUUCUGGUAUGACGACGGCAUUUGUUUCGUUGAGCGUAGUGUUAGUUAGGAUAACGAUCGAUAAAGUGGCCUUAAUAGUUAGAUAUACAAAAAUGCAUCAAAAACAUUGCCCAAAAACGAUUGUUGUUGUUCCAUCUUGGCACACAGAGAGCAUCCGAUUGCUGCCAUGUCAGCAGCUGGUCAUGCAUGUACAGCGGUACACAACGGGUACAUCAAAGCAGGGAAAGAACGGAGAAUAAAGCUCUACAAUCGUUUUGUUCGUUA